UUAUCAUUCAUGGAGAAAAAUGCUCGUUCUCCUUCCGGCCGCGGCCAACUCACAAUUGUGCCACCAUCACCUCGCCUAGUCUGUUCGCAAAGCAACGGAAGUCUAGCGACUAUAACAACUCCAGAGAGAACCUCACGCAAGUUCAACUCUAGUGAAAAACUAACCAAUAACCAUCGUUCAAAAUCAACAUCGAAGAUACGAACCGAAAACAAUGAAGGGAAUACAAAGUUGCUUGAUAGGAAGAAAAGUAAUAGUAAGUUGUUACAAUUUGGGGUUAGCCCGGAUCGUAAUGGAGCUUCAAAGAGGACUACAUUGCCUUCGGCGUGGGCACUUUCUCCGGGAAGGCAAUCCAUUGGCUCUCCAAUUUGGUCCGAGUCACUAACUAAAGCAAACGGAAACAACAAUGGCAAUGUUGGUGGUAAAGUUGGUAAUGGUGUCGCUAAAGUCUUGAAUUAUUUCAAACAAAGGAAAGUGUCAUCCAAGCAAGAAGAAGUAUACCAUAAGUUCAAGAUUUUACAUAACAGACUUUUGCAAUGGAAAUUUAUUAAUGCUAGAGCUGGGAUUUCUAUAGCUAGGGUAAAAAAUGCAGCCGAGAUAAAUUUGUUUUCUGUAUGGAUUGGAAUCCUAAUGCUAAGAAAGAUCAUAAUACAAAAGAGAAUUGAAGUUCAAAAGAUCAAACAUACGAUCAAGCUUCAACAUAUUCUUUUUGGUCAACUCUCCCUUCUAAUUGAAUGGAAAAAGUUGGAGAGAAGAAAUCAAGAAUCAAUAGACAAAUUAACAAAAAAGUUGUUAGCAUUGUCCACCAUAUUGCCCUUAACUCAAGGUCUCAAGGUAGAUACAGAGGCCAUCUUUGAAAACAUGAAUACAGCAAUUAAAGUCAUGGAGAAUUUGGAGCCAUUGAUCAUGAAAUAUCAACCACAGGUUGAGAGAAUUCUUUAUCAAGUUACAGAACUCACCACCACAUCAAGACAAGAAGAAGAGUGCUUACAUGAACUUUUGGGCAUUGUUCCUAUUUUUGCAACUUUACUGGAAAAGGAAAAAAGUGUUCAAGUGCAUCUUAUUCAAACAAGAAUAGGGCAAUCAUGUAAAUAGAAAUGAAGUCCCAUUGCAUGUGUUCAAGGACCAAAUUUUUGUAAUGAUCGAUGAAAAUGUGUUAGAUAGUAAUGUUGCUGCUGCCAUUUUGUGAUUAAUCAAAAUGUUGUGAGCAUACCCUACAAUUGUUACAUGAAGAAUUCAUAGCUAUUAUAUAACUACACUCAACUUGAAAUUAUUCUCUAACUUUACAGCAUCUCUGUCAAGAGGUGAUUUUUUUUUUACCUCAAAGGUGUACCUCAGAUUGGGUCGGUGAAUAUUCU